AUGUCUUCGGCUGCCCUGCAGCCUGUUACCCACCAGUCAGCACCGUUGCCUGGCCUCAACGCGUCGUCGCAGUCUCUUGAUCCUCGCCAGUACACGCCUGCUCAGUCCCCAGGACGUGACGGUCAUUACUGGAACAGGGACAACACUAAUGCAUCACCUGCCACGAGCCGACACGCCACCAGAAGACCUAGUGGCAGCAACGCCGAACCGAUCCAAACAUCCCCGAUGGCUUCCCGCACUGCGGUCGCAGCCCCUGUCGGGAUGACGGCCUCUUCCGACCAUGAAAAGUCGAGCCGACGCCGACACGAACCACCGAUCGCGCCUCCUCGGACGUCCUCUACACAACAAGGCAGCACGACGGGUAACUCUCGCAGGGCCGCUCGUGCCGAGGAGCGUGAACGAGAGCGUGUUGCCCAGUCACCGCGCCAUACCCCUGGGGACUCUUCGAGAAAUGGGACUAAUGGAACAGAGUCGGCUUCACGGAUGGGUGGUGAUGAAACCACCCCCCGGAGCAGACGCGCGGUUUCCCAACAUGCCCCCGAGCCCCAAUGGCAGACGAGCCAUAAAGACCACAGACAGACGAUGACGACCACCAUGCCUAUCCGGACAAAUCCCGGCACCUCGACGUCGUCAUCCUCGAAACAGCCGUCGAGGGAGGCCAGUGAAGUCCUGAACCGAAUGAUUGUCUCUCAGCCAGAAGUCGACAUUGAGCGCGAACGUGAGAGGCUGGACGAGGCCAUCCCUCAUCCUGUUGGCAGUAAACAUGAUCCCCGGGAUACAGAUGUAGACGACGCGAUACCGCCACCGAUAGCUCGACAGGAGGACGACGGGCGACGAGGGCAUAAAAGCCGGCAGGAUCAUUCCAAGAGAGAAAAGGCCACGAAGUUUGGCGAUUAUUAUCUUGGCAACACCAUUGGAGAGGGCGAGUUUGGUAAAGUCAAGCUUGGUUGGAAGCAAGAUGGCGGCGUACAAGUGGCUAUCAAGCUGAUACGCCGAGACACGGUCGGGAACAACCCUUCUCGCCUUGCCAAGAUUUACCGCGAGAUUGCGAUUCUUCGCGACAUUUCACACCCGAACAUCGUCAGGCUGCACGAGAUGUCUGAGACGGAGCGCCAUAUUGGCAUUGUUCUCGAGUAUGCAUCGGGCGGCGAGCUUUUCGACUACAUUCUCAACCACCGGUACCUCAAAGACAACCCGGCUCGACGGCUGUUCGCGCAACUCGUUUCGGGUGUUGGUUAUCUGCACAAAAAGGGAAUUGUUCAUCGGGAUCUGAAGCUCGAGAACCUGCUGCUUGACCGCAAUCGGAACAUCAUCAUUACCGAUUUCGGAUUCGCAAACACGUUUGAUCCAAACGACGAGCUCACCGAGGACGAGGAACUGCAACUGGGUGAUCGGGAUUUUGUUAAAAGAUCUGGCCUGGACCGCACCAAGGCCAAUGGCAUGCGCCGAGGCGAUCUCAUGCAGACCAGCUGCGGAAGUCCAUGCUAUGCUGCACCCGAACUCGUUGUUAGUGACUCGUUGUACACGGGCCGCAAGGUGGACGUCUGGAGUUGUGGUGUGAUCCUGUAUGCGAUGCUUGCUGGCUAUCUGCCUUUCGAUGAUGACCCUGCCAACCCAGAAGGUGACAAUAUCAACUUGCUCUACAAGUACAUUGUCAACACGCCACUUACUUUCCCCGAAUACGUUACCCCCCACGCAAGGGACCUUCUUCGUCGCAUACUGGUCCCACAGCCGAGGAAGCGCGCGGAUCUCUUCGAGGUUGCACGCCACAGCUGGCUUAGCGAAUAUGCUCACGUCGUUGAGUUUAUCACAAGCGCGACCACCACUACCAACGAGAUACAGAAUACGACUGUGCCCGCUGAGGACGGAACAUCGGGGCUCGGCAGGAGCGCCUCGGUCCGCGAUGCACCGAAAACCAAGCCGGCGCCCACAAACCCCGGUGAUCUGGGGCGGAAGCAAGCAAAGAUCGAGGGUGAGGAGAGCGGACCAAGCAAGACAUCUAGGGACAAUAAACGACGCACUGUUCAGGUCGAAUAUGUCGCUCCCAGCACCUCGACACAACGAGGCAGUGAUGCUUCGCCAGUUCAGUCAUCUCCCCAAGCGAAUCAGCGGCCCGGUUCGUCCAGCCAUGGCCCGAAAUAUGCGUCCCCGGAGGACAAGCCGUUACCCAGGGAUCCGCCUUUGCCAAAGCAGACAUACGCCUCGUCACCGAGCUACAGGAAACCGCCGACCUCGUACCGAGACCCAACACAAAGUGCACAUAUCGAUCCGUCGGGACGGCCGACAACUGGAGGGUCUUCUCAUUCUGCUGGCCAUCGGGUGCUGGGUGCCUCUGCCAGAAACUCCUAUGCCCAGCCACUCCCGCCCACAUUCGCUGAUACCAAUGCUCAAGGCAGCAUCCAGCAGCCAACGAGCGCCUCUCAGUAUCCCAUGGCCAGCCCGACCUUGCAGGAUCAGGCCGAUUCGGACUUUGGCAGACCCAGCGCUGUUCCUACCAAAUUCGCGCAAGUCUCAGGCUUUGACCAACCACAAAAGCCCUCCUCACACGAAGGCAAGGGUCACAGAAGGUCGAAUACGCUCGGCGAGCUCGGCGACAAGAUCUUUGGGCGUCGAGGCUCACUCUUCGGGGGGCGUAAGAAGCGCCCCGAACAGCAGCAGGCCGAGAAGGCAAGCAGGAAGUAUCCUCCAGUCAGCAUGUCGAAUACAGUCCCUGGCAACCCCCGCGAAUCCCUGGACUCUCGGGCCUCUCGUCGUUCCUUCUCUCUCGGUCUGAACAAAAAGCCGAGUGGAAGCGUGUCUGGCUCACAGACGUCCCAAGAGCGGCCGCAGCAGACUCGUCGAUUCUCUUUGAUCAAGGCAAUGGGCCUAAGCAAAGAACCCCAGACACCGCCCCCGGUGGACUACUCGCAGUCGGAUUUGCCCAUCCAAGAGCCCGCGGGUAAUGACGAGUACAGUCAGUUCCCCGAACCGCCUCAAAGUCAGGGUAACAUGUCAUCGCGCCAUCGCAACGACAGUGACUUUGACGUACGGGAUCAGCGCUUGGGGUCAGCGCCUCAUAUCAGCCAGGCAGCGGACUAUGGGCAGCAACAGCGUAGUGCACCGGGACCACCGAUGACGGCCGUCCCGCCGUAUAUGCAGCAAGAUGCCGUGCUGAACUCCGGCUCAGAGUCGUCCUUCGACCAGUCUCAACGGAGGAGGCAGUAUCAGCCGAACUAUGACUCCGAUCAGUAUGACAGGCCCGGCAGUCGCAACGUACUACAGAAGAACAAGCGCUUUGUCGAUGCUUACAACGAUGACGAUGCUGGAAGGCGCCACGAUCAUUCUGGCAGCAGCGGACCUGCUAAGAAGGUUAUGGACUUUUUCAGGAGGCGACGCCAACAAAAAGAAGUAUAA